CUCCCUGUCCUCCUCUCCUUCGCUCACAUCAUGGAACAACCCUUGCACUUGGACUUGGACGACUUCCAACUUGAACGAGUCGACUCCGACUCCCCCUUCUCUACUUCCUCUUCCGCUUCCACCUUCCCCUUAGUCCUCCGUUCCGAAUAUUCCCGCAGCACCUCCGGCUCCGGCGACAUUUCCACCGUCAGCUCUGGCUCCGGCGACAUUCCGGUGGUUGCGAUCUCCGAGGCCCUGCCCUCGUCUCCCUCGCUGGAUCCCCCUCCGUCCGAAGAGAUGAGCGCCAAGAGGGACAAGUGCGUCGGAAGGAAUAACAAGGGAAUCAGUUGGGGAUUUACGUCGGUGAUUGGGAGGAGGAAAGAGAUGGAGGACGCUAUUGCUGUUAUCCCAGGGUUUAUGUCCCUCCCGUGCGAUCACGUCGGCGGAUGUACGGCUCCUUGCUCGAAAUCCUCCAGUGAGAUCUCGCCGGUUCAUUUCUUCGGCGUUUUCGACGGCCACGGUGGAUCUCAGGUGGCCAAGUUUUGUGCCAAACGGAUGCAUGAAGCUAUAGCUGAAGAGUGGGAUCGAGACAUAGCUCAGGGUACUGAAUGGAAGGGAAGGUGGGAGGCCGUUUUUUCCAGUGGCUUUGAGAAAGCCGACAAUGAAAUCUUAACAGAUGCAGUCGCACCUGAAAUGGUAGGAUCUACUGCUGCUGUGGUGGUUCUAUCUCGUUGCCAAAUCAUUACAUCUAACUGUGGCGACUCGAGGGCAGUUCUUUGCCGCGGCACACAAACGAUUCCCUUGACCGUGGAUCAGAAGCCUGACAGACAAGAUGAACUAUUGAGAAUUGAAGGAGGAGGAGGAAAAGUCAUAAACUGGAAUGGAGCUAGGGUGUUUGGAGUUCUUGCCAUGUCCAGGGCCAUAGGUGAUCGGUAUUUGAGGCCAUGGAUUAUUCCUGUGCCUGAGACCACUUUCACAACGAGAAGCGAGGACGACGAAUGCAUAAUAUUGGCAAGUGAUGGGCUUUGGGAUGUAAUGACGAAUGCAGAGGUCGGGGAAGUUGCACGCCAUAUUCUGAGACGACGUCGAAGGUCCUUGUCCACGGAAGAAACUUCACCUGCCCAAAUUGUGGCUGAUAGCCUUACAGAGAUUGCAUGUGGUAGAAAUAGUAAAGACAAUAUUUCGAUCAUAGUUAUUGAUCUGAAAUCAAAGAGAAAACGUCAGCAAAGGCCUCCUUUGACUUCCUAAUUAACAUCCAAUUUUUUGAAUUUUAGACAUGAGGGCCUCAAGAGAUGAUACUGAAGUUGUAGCCGUUUCAUGAACAAACGGGACCCUUCUCGAAGUUCUUGUCUGACCCCAUUUACUGUGCGGGGCUGAUCAGCAUAGCAGAGGGACUUGGCUUCAUGACAAGUAGCCAGAAUUCUGCUUGAAGUGUAGAUCAAUCCUCAAUUUUCGUUGGCUUGGUCCGGAAGAAGAGCCAUGAUUUGAAAGGACACUUCCAUUUUACUUCAUGAGUGAAUGUACAGGAAUUAAUAUCCUAUAAUCAAUAUACCAUUGAUGUCUACAAGGGCAUAUAUAUAUAUAUAUAUAUAUAUGUGCAUGUGCGCGUUUUCAA